CUUCGAGUGUCGGACAUUACACACAAAGCAGACCAGCCAAAUUUCUGGCGUUCUUCGGUUAUUUGUGGCUUUCUUCCAUACCCCCAGAAUGACGAAAUUGGAGAGAUCAGGAUCGGCCAUGAAGCAAUUGGAGAUGUGAACAUUCGCUAACAAUGAGUAUUUUGUUACCAUAGGCUCGGCAUCGAAAUCGCGAAGACGAUGAGUUUGAAUUAUUCAAACCAAGAAACGAGUGUCACAGUCGGCGAGUCAGUCAGAGACGAAGAUGUCUUUAUUUUACAAUCUACUGCACCAGGCGACAUUAACGAUGGCUUGAUGGAGCUUCUAAUUAUGAUCCACGCCUGUCGCACGGCUUCCGCCCGGCGCAUUACCGCCGUAAUUCCUAAUUUCCCCUACGCCCGGCAAGACAAGAAAGACAAGAGUCGCGCGCCCAUCUCCGCGAAGCUUAUCGCAAAUAUGUUGCAGACUGCUGGUUGCAAUCACGUAAUCACCAUGGAUCUCCACGCCUCGCAGAUUCAGGGUUUCUUUAAUGUCCCGGUGGACAACCUCUAUGCCGAACCGAGUGUUUUGCGGUGGAUUCGAGAGAAUCUAGCUGGCCAGGAGACAGUCAUCGUUAGUCCAGAUGCUGGUGGUGCGAAGAGAGCUACUUCUAUAGCGGAUCGUCUCGACCGUGGCUUUGCGCUCAUCCACAAGGAGCGCCCUCGACCCAAUGUUGUGGGUAGAAUGGUUCUCGUUGGUGAUGUUGUGGACAAGGUUGCGAUCUUGGUCGACGAUAUGGCUGACACCUGCGGUACCUUGGCUAAGGCUGCAGCUACAGUCAAAGAGCACGGCGCGCGGGAAGUCAUCGCUGUCGUCACACAUGGUAUUCUCAGCGGAGACGCCAUCAACACGCUCAACAACAGCUGUCUGAGCCAGAUUGUGGUCACGAAUACCGUGCCCCUCGGUGACAAGGUCAACCGCUGUAAGAAGCUGAGAGUAAUCGAUGUAAGCCCUACGAUAGCCGAGGCUAUCCGUCGGACUCACAACGGAGAGAGCGUGAGUUUCCUGUUCACUCACGCUCCCGUCUAAUGUGCAUCCUGGGAGUAUAAUAUGAAAUAAAAACAAGCGGAGAACGGGAAGAGCGAUUAGAUGAAUACUUGGAGGCUCAUUCGCAUUCGGGAGUUUGAGAUUGCAUUGCAUAUGGAAAUUCGCCAAAAGAAAAAAAGAGCUUGAGACAUCGUCGUAGAGAGCAUAAAUCAAGGUGAUAUAAGCAUGGAGUUUUCGUUAUUGCGACAUCUAAAGUACACAUCUGCAUUUUAUCUAUGGGACAUAUAUAAAGUCAUGCGGCAUCACAUCGAAAUUUGGCAUAGGUCAUGGCGGAAUGGGAUAGGAGGCAUGAUUGGUAUUAAAGGGGAAGCAUCAUGUCACAUAGAAUUGGGUAUCUCCUACGGCACAACCAUACAAUACAAAUCAUUGAAAGGAACAGGAAAUA